AUGUCUACUUUUGAACAGCAUAAUCUUCUGUUGAUGAAAGGUCAGCGACUAAUGUACAAAUGGUGUGCACAGUUGCCUCGUUACCUCCUUUUACUCCGACUCCAACCUGACCAUAUGGAAGCAAGAUGUCUUACAUUACUGAGCUGCAGGAACAAUAGUACCUCAAACGGCGUGAAGGAUGUACUGAACACGAAGUUGGGAACAACUAGUGCUCGUCUUUUUCAGAAAGGCUUGAAGGCAGAAAGAACCACUGCAGAAUUGACUCAGAUAGGUAGGGAUGUCUUCACACGUAGCAGGAAGAUCACGGACUGGAUGACAAGAUUAAAGAUCGUGAAAUGCACUGUCACUGCUGUGGACAGCGAGAAUCCUCAUGUGAAGAGUCGUGCUGCACCUUCUCUACAGAAUCAGUACAAAUGCACCUCAUUUGAGAGGAGCAAACGUUUGAGUAUGAGUCAGGACGAUCAUCCUCGUCUACCUUUUUGUGUGAAUCAGCUUCAGGUAGCACUGACAGUGAUGACGUCAUUUCCAUUAGUGGAAUUGACCAAGGGACGAACACAGUUAUCAGCUGUCAACUGGAUUGAGAAGUGUGACUAUGCGGCUACAUUAGAUGAGAUGGGGUAUUACUUACUUACUUGUAAGAAGGGUGGUGGCUCAGUUUUGUCACGCAACUCACUUUUGGCUGCUUGUGCUGAUCCUGCACUUUGGCAGACAGGUGUCAUACCUGAUGAUGUUGUUAAACGAGCAAAAGAGAUCUUAGGUUCAUGUGAUGGACAGAGUAUGGGUUCGUACAGUGAUUCACAGGGAGUGAGAAGUAUAAGAGAACAUGUUACUGAGUAUUUGGAAACAAGAGACAGUCAUUGUGCUGAUAUAAGCAACAUUUUUAUGCUAAAUGGAGCAUCUGAAGGAGUGAGGAUGAUAUUAAAGCUUAUCAAUUGUGGUGAGGGAAAGGAAAGAAGCGGUGUAAUGAUUCCUGUUCCUCAGUAUCCUCUCUACUCAGCUUCACUAACUGAGUUCAACUUACCAGCAAUUCCAUAUUAUUUGGAUGAAUCAGAUGGUUGGAAGCUGAAUACGGACAACUUGCAUUCUGCUGUACAAGAAAGCAGUAAAUUGUGCAAAGCAAAAGCAUUGGUUGUUAUUAAUCCAGGAAAUCCAACAGGGCAAUGCUUGUCAAAGACAAACAUGAUUGAAAUUGUCGAGUUUUGUAUUAAAGAGCAACUUAUAUUGAUGGCUGAUGAGGUGUACCAAGAUAAUGUGUAUUCAUCUGAUUUAAUGUUUCAUUCCUUCAAAAAGACAGCAAGAAACAUGGGUUUGACAGACAAAGACUUAAGGCUUGUUUCUUUUCACUCAGCAUCCAAAGGUUUUGCUGGAGAGUGUGGACAACGUGGUGGGUAUAUGGAGGUCUUGGGAUUUUGUGAUGAUUUCAAGCGGCAGCUGCUGAAAACAGCUUCAGUCAGGUUGUGCCCUGCAGUAGCUGGCCAGAUUGUAAUGGAUGCAGUUAUUAAAGGACCACGCAAAGGUGAAAAAUCAUAUGAACUGUAUGCAAAGGAAAGAAAUGAUGUUUUUCAGUCUUUGAGAACUAAGGCUCAGCUGGUGACUGAAGAAUUGAAGCAGGUUAAUGGCAUUGAGUGCAAUCCUGUCCAAGGGGCAAUGUAUGCAUUUCCAAGGAUUAACAUUCCAGAGAAAGCACGAGUAGCUGCAAUGGAAGGAGAUACACCUUUAGAACCAGACGCAUUCUAUUGUCUUGAACUUUUGAAAGCCAAAGGAAUUUGUGUUGUACCUGGAAGUGGCUUCAAACAGUUACCAGGAACAUACCACUUUCGAAUGACUAUACUGCCAUGCUUAGAAGAUCUCAAGAGAAUAACUGAAGACAUUGCAGAUUUCCACAGAGACUUCACUAAGAAAUAUUCCUAGCCAGUUUGUAGCUAAUAUUCCAAAAUCAUCAGUCUUUUGGCUACCAAGGUGGUGGUGCACAUUUUGGUCAUUUUGUGAAGUCUCAAUAUAUUUGCAAGUUAAUAAUAAAUGUGAAUA